UUUCCCCCUCUGCUUUCAUUAGUCAAUGGUGUCUGGAUUUGACCGCGUAAACUGACUAUGUUGGGAUAGAACACAAUAAUCCGGGGAAAAGAAAAGGCUAUACAUUUCCAAGCCUCGCUUUUUAAAAAAUAUAUAAAACCUGGAGCAUUAUUUUAGAGUGUUGAGCUGACCAAACAUUAAAAGGCAUAGCCAUGAAGUGCCUGACCCGCAGCAGAGCUCCAGCAGAGAAAGCUGAAACGGAAAAGAGCGCCGAGUUAAAAGGACUGAAACAAAGCGCGCCAUCUUUCUGUGUGUCUUCCUCCAUCUCCUCACCGCACCUGGACCGCGACCCCAAAGGGCCUCAUAACAAAGAAAACUGCAAGGACAAACCCGGUUCUGUAGACGUGCUGCUGUCGGACGACGAGCUUCUCCUGAGCAGCCACAGUCUCUCAGAAGACAGCGGCUACCUCUCUCUUCACAACAGCCAACUUGAGCACUAUGAUGGCGACACGCAUUGUACAGAGACUCCGCAGAGGUGCACAGAGGAAAGGGAAUGCAGACUGUCUCCAGUUCAUUCAGACUCUAAAUCUAGUUGCCUUCCUGUGCUGAAGUUCCAGGAGGAGGUAUGUAGACAGUUGGCAAAAUCCUACAAGGAAAGCCAAAGCUAUGACUGGACUGUCAUUAAUAAGGUAGCUGAACGCUCCGGCCUCCACAACGUCAUUGGCCCAAAGAUGGGCCUGGAGUAUGUGGACAUUAUUUGUGGUCUGUUGAAGAAAGACAUGAAGCACAUCCUGAGUAGGAUCUUAUGCCUACUUGGGGAUUGUGACUUGAUAAGCUGUAAAAGAGUGAGCAAGACAUGGCGGAAAAUCAUUCACCACGACACGAGAGCUCUUCAGAGGUGCCGAGCGGCAGAGCAAAUGCUACGGGACACAGGAAGGCCAACAGGGUCUUUAUCCAGAGACUCUGGCCUUGACAGGGUGGUGUUUUCUUGCCUGCAGUCUGUAGCUUCCUCAACACCAAGGCACAAACCAACAAAGAAGAGCCAAACGGUGGAAACGCGAAACGCAGCCAAGCCUAGUCGCUUUACAGAAUUUCAUGAUGCUACAAAAUCCCUAAAGGGGCACGAGGCUUUGAGGAGUUGCCGUCUCUGCGGUUCUCCUGCACGUUAUGACUCUGCCAUGAAAAGGGCGGUGUGUUUGCGCGCUAGCUGUGCUUUUGACUUCUGCUCGCUGUGCCAGUCUGCGUACCACGGGUCCACCCAGUGCCAGCGGGGCAUAAUAAAGGCAUCACCACACUGCCAGAACACCCCUUUAGCAGGAUCCGCUCGCAGCAAACGCAGCAUCCGUCGCCUCUGAGCUCCAGUUACUCAGGAAACACAAUUUGCACCUUUUAAAAAGAAAUCUUUUAUUUCAAAAAAAAAAAAAUCUUUUAUGAUGUGAAAUUUUUGUUUUUCACGUUCCUUUAUGUUAAGCGAUGUAGGUCACUGUGUCUGUGGUCCUAGCACAUGUAUAUAAAGUACUGAAUGCCAAAAAAAGAGAAGGGAGAGGACCAAACAGCCUUCUCCACUGAUACAUUAGAAAUUUUUAUUGGUUUUUAUAAUUGUUAAAUGUAUUAAUCAAAUGAAUAUUUGUGUGCCUUGUUAAAAAUUGUAAAUAUUUACAUGGCCAAAUAAAGAGUAU